AUGCGAAUACAAUCAAAUGGAGUCUCACUCCUCCUCCCCACUCUCUUAUCCACACUGGCAUCCGCAUCUGCAUCCGGCUUCGACUGCACAGACAUCAAGGUCGACAAUUACAAAUACGAUCUCAGUCCCCUAAAAGGCGUCCACGAGUUGACCCACAGUGUAACAACCGAUGGCUACGUGACCAACACAACCUACCGAUUGAAUAUCUGCAAUGUUCUGGAGGGUGCUGCGCGGUACGGCGACGCGACAUGCGGGACUGGCAAAAACGCAUGCGGAUUCGUGCACCGAAUAGCGAAGGACGGAAAUGGCGGCUCGACGUUCGGUUUCCCGAUCGUCGGGCUUGACCCUGCUGGCAAAGACCCGAAGAGCCCAGAACCGAAGCGAUUGAAGGAUAUCGACUCGGAGACCGAGGGACUGCGCGUCAAACUGGAAGGCGGCUCAUACAAGGGAGAUGUCGAUGAUCAGAAGCCCAAGAAGGCAGCCGCGAUCAUUGACUUCCUGUGCGAUCACGAGCGAUCUGGACUAGAGGGUUUGCAUACGAUUGCAGAGGACUCGGAGACGAAGGAGCGACGACGGAGAGCGGAAGGAGAGCAAGGUGGUGUGCUGCUGGGAAAUAACACGUUGGGGAACAGCAACAACAGCAGUAGUCUGCAGUUCAAGAGCUUUGCUCCGUCGGAUGAUGAUACCUACAUCCUGAGACUGGAUUGGCGCACGAAAUAUGCCUGCGAUGAGUUUGAGAAGGAGAAGGGCGAUGCUCCUGGCUCCAAGAGCUGGGGUUUCUUUACCUGGUUGAUCAUCAUUGCCUUCCUCUGCAUUGCCGCCUACCUUAUAUUCGGGUCGUGGCUCAAUUACAACCGUUACGGCGCCCGCGGCUGGGACCUUCUUCCUCACGGUGACACUAUCCGCGAUAUUCCCUAUCUCUUCCAGGACUGGCUCCGUCGUGUGGUCAACACUCUGCAAGGAGCCGGCUCGCGGGGUGGUUACAGUGCAGUAUGA